AUGGGGCAGUUUUUAGAUUCUAAUCAAGAAAAUGAUUUGCUAUGGGAAGAGAAGUUCCCUGAAAGAACAACUGUUACUGAAUUACCCCAGACUUCACAUGUAUCGUUCUCCGAGUCUGAUAUUCCGUCCUCAGAAAAUACUGAGUUACCUGUGGACUGGAGUAUUAAAACCCAACUCCUUUUCACCUCUUCUCAACCCUUUACCUGGGCAGAUCAUUUGAAAGCACAGGAAGAGGCUCAAGGUCUUGUCCAGCAUUGUAGGGCAACAGAAGUUACUUUGCCUAAAAGUAUACAGGAUCCCAAACUCUCCACUGAGCUCCGUUGUGCCUUCUAGCAGAGCCUUAUCUAUUGGCUCCACCCUGCUUUGUCUUGGCUACCACUGUUCCCUCGUAUUGGAGCUGAUAGAAAAAUGGCUGGAAAGACAGGUCCUUGGUCAAAUGAUGCAACCCUGCAGCAUGUUUUAAUGAGUGACUGGUCCGUGAGCUUUACUUCUCUAUAUAAUUUGCUGAAGACAAAACUUUGCCCCUAUUUCUACGUUUGUACCUAUCAGUUUACUGUCCUGUUCCGAGCAGCAGGAUUAGCUGGAAGUGACUUAAUCACAGCUCUCAUAUCUCCUACAACUCGAGGUUUAAGAGAAGCUAUGAGAAACGAAGGUAUUGAAUUUUCUCUGCCUUUAAUAAAAGAAAGUGGCCAUAAGAAGGAGACAGCAUCUGGAACAAGCUUGGGAUAUGGGGAGGAGCAAGCCAUCAGUGAUGAGGACGAAGAGGAAAGUUUUUCCUGGCUGGAAGAGAUGGGUGUGCAAGAUAAAAUUAAAAAGCCAGACAUACUUUCUAUCAAGCUUCGUAAAGAGAAACAUGAAGUACAGAUGGAUCACAGACCUGAGUCUGUUGUGUUGGUAAAAGGAAUCAACACCUUUACAUUGCUCAAUUUUUUGAUUAACUGUAAGAGUUUAGUUGCUACCUCAGGUCCACAGGCAGGACUUCCUCCAACCCUCUUGUCCCCUGUUGCUUUCCGAGGUGCCACAAUGCAAAUACUUAAGGCACGAAGUGUAAAUGUGAAGACACAAGCUCUUUCUGGAUACAGAGACCAGUUUAGUUUGGAGAUUACAGGUCCUAUCAUGCCUCAUUCUCUGCAUUCACUGACCAUGCUGCUCAAAUCUUCACAGAGUGGAUCUUUCUCUGCAGUACUACAUCCACACGAGCCAACUGCUGUAUUUAACAUCUGCCUGCCAGUGGACAAAGUACUUGAUAUGGAGGUUGUUCAUAAGGAGCUUACUACCUGUGGUUUGCACCCUAACACUCUGGAGCAACUUAGUCAAAUACCAUUACUUGGGAAAUCAGCUUUACGGAAUGUGGUGCUGAGAGACUACAUUUAUAAUUGGAGAUCCUGAACACCAAAGUAAGCCUAAAAGGAAUCUUUGAGGAAAAAAGCCUUCUAGCAAGGAAAUUCAAGAUUCCUGAAGUUGAAGGACUAUACUGACAUGUUUAUAAACAUAACUUUUAUUACAGUAGCAUCUAAGGUUUUAAAUCAGUGUGUUCUGCUUUUACUAUUUCCAGAUUAGAUUUUUAGAUACAAAGAUGAAAAACUCAGAUAACUCAAAUGAGCUAUCUGUAUCCCUACAACCUAAUUGUAUAUUGAGUAGAAACUGAAUUAAUGUUUCCUUGCAAAUAGGAAAUCACAUAGCAGUUACCUCAUGGCAUUGUGACUAAUGGCAUCAAGGCAAAAAUAUGUUACUUUACCAUUUACCUAAGACUGUUAGCAGGUUCUUGUUCCAUAAAGGUAGAAAAUAAAUAUAGAUAACAUCUA